AUGUAAUAAUUGUGGACGACGCCUUUACGAGUCCUUCAUCGGUCAGCAGCGGGCAACAAUGAAGGCCAAGCCGACAUUCAGAAAACUUGUCCAAGUUGGACGGGUAGUCUAUCUCAAUGAAGGGCCUUACAAGGGCAAGUUGGCAGCAAUUGUUGAUGUCAUAGAUACCAACAGGGCUUUGAUUGAUGGCCCGUGCACUGGUGUCCCUCGUCAGGGGUUCAAGUACUCUGAAAUGUUUCUUACAAAGUACUUGGUAAAAAUAAACCGCAGUCAGAAGUCCAAGUUCGUGAGAGUUGCCUGGGAAAAGGCCAGCAUUGACCAGAAGUUUGCAGAUUCAUUGUGGAACCAGAACUUGAACAAGGAUGUCUUGCGUUCCAGCAUGACUGAUUUUGACCGUUACAAACUGGGAAGGGCCAGGCAGACUAGGAACAAGAUUGUCAAGACUGCAUAUUUCCACAUUAAAAAACAUGACCUUCGAGCAAAGAGGAAAGCCCUAGUCAGGUCAAGGGCUGCUUUGGCCAAGAAAGAGGCGCCAAAGAAGGAAGAGGUAAAGAAAGUUGAGAAGGGGAAGAAAGGAGAAACCCCCAAGAAAGGAGAAGCUCCCAAGAAAGGAGAAACUCCCAAGAAAGGAGAAGCUCCCAAGAAAGGAGAAGCUCCCAAGAAAGUAGAAAAGCCCAAAAAAGCUGAACCAGUCAAAAGUGACGAUAAGGGGAAGAAAAAGAAGACAAAGUAAACAUUUGCUGACUAAAUAAAGAAAAAACAUUC